AUGAUGGGUGAAAGGAUUCAUUUAGUUGGCGAAGAGGAUGAUGAUGAAGAUCUUUACAGCGGUUAUGAUAAUGGAAACUACAUCCAAAAGGGUCUUGAAGACGAUGCAGAAUUCCAACAGGCUGUAAAGACAAGCUAUGGCCAUCGCGCUGCUGCUAUGACUGCUAGUAAAGGCGGCGCUAAUGGCCAAGCGCGAUUAGGUACCGGUGUCGCUAUUAAUCAAGAUCAAGCUCGUCCUAUGACGGCUAUUCGAGGAGCUGGAUUUAACUCUACUGGAGGAAAAUUACCAGGUGAAAGCGUAACACAAGCAAACCGUGGGCCAGCACCCCCCUUGGAAUCGAAAUAUGACGAUAAUCCGGAAGAAAAAAUACGACAGAUGGAAAAGAAAGUAAAUGAGUUGAUUGAAGAAAGCGCCCUAGCUGGUGAAAGAGGAGAGCUACAAUUAGCUCUAGAAAAGGCAAAAGAAGCUGGAAGAAGAGAAAGAAUGAUUUGUAAACAAAGAGAACAAGCAGGACUUAGUGAUCAAAUAAAUUUAGACUUGACCUAUUCGGUAUUAUUUGUGUUAGCGAAUCAAUAUCAAGCCUGUGACAUGUAUCAAGAAGCGUUAAAUUCAUUUUCGGUCAUAGUCAAGAAUAAAAUGUUUAGUAAUGCAGGACGAUUACGUGUUAAUAUGGGCAAUAUCUAUAGUAAGCAAGGAAAACACCAGCAGGCGAUUAGAAUGUAUCGGAUGGCAUUAGACCAAGUCCCUAACGCUAAUACAACGAUGAGAAUUAAGAUAAUGCAAAAUAUAGGCUCUUCUUUCGUUCGGUUGGGGCAAUAUGAAGACGCGGUCACAGUUUAUGACCAAAUUAUGACCGAAAAGGGCGAUUUUAAGACUGGAUUAAAUUUAAUAGUAUGCUAUUAUUCCAUCAACGAUCGCGAUAAAAUGAAAAAGACUUUCCAACGAAUGCUAAUGAUAGAUUUAGGCGUAGGUGAUGAUGAAAAGUUCAUGUCCGUUAGCGACGAUAAUGACAUGAAUAUCUAUUAUGAAGCCAUUAGAAAUGAUACACUAUGGAAAGUCGAACGUGAAAGAAAAUCAACAGCUGAACGUUGUAUCAUGUAUGCUGCUAAGUUGAUUGCCCCAGUUAUCGAACCCACUUUUGCGGCUGGAUUUGAUUGGUGCAUUGGUUGUGUUAAAUCUUCUCCUUAUGUUGAGCUAGCAAAUGACCUUGAAAUUACAAAAGCUGUUACUUAUUUAAAGAUGAAAGACUUGGCAAAGGCCACAGAAACUUUAAAAUCAUUCGAGAAAAAAGACUCCACCAUGGCUACGGCAGCUGCCACCAAUUUAGCCUUCUUAUACAUUCAGGAGGGCGAAUUAUCGCUUGCAGAGAAAUACAGCGAUUUAGCGAUUACCUCUGACAGAUAUAAUCCAAACGCUAUGGUAAAUAAAGGCAACUGCUUAUUUACGGCAAAAGAAUAUGAGAAAGCGCAAGAAUAUUACAAGGAAGCAUUAAAUGUGGAAGCUUCUUGUGUCGAAGCGUUAUAUAAUUUAGGUUUAACAAAAAAAAUGCUAAACUGUCCAGAAGAAUCAUUGGAUUGUUUUCUUAAGCUUCAUGGCAUUAUCCGUAAUGAUCCAAUGAUAUUGGUUCAAAUUGCUGAACUAUAUGAGAUAUUAGACGACUUUCAUCAAGCUAUUGAUUGGUAUACUCAAGUUUUAACAUUAGCACCUACUGAUGCAAGUUUGUUAGCCAAACUCGGCGCUCUGUACGACUCGCAAGGAGACAAAUCUCAAGCAUUUCAAUAUUACUUAGAGUCUUAUAGAUAUUAUCCAUCAAAUAUUGAAACGAUUUCGUGGAUUGGUAGUUAUUAUAUAGAAUCACAAUUUUGUGAGAAGGCAAUAUCCUACUUUGACAAGGCUUCUAUGAUACAGCCAAAUGAAGUUAAGUGGCAACUAAUGGUAGCUAGUUGUUAUCGAAUUAUCGGUAAUUAUAAUCGAGCAUUGGAUAAGUACAAACAAAUACAUGAAAAAUUCCCGGAAAACACCGAUUGUCUUAAGUUCUUAGUUCGAGUAUGUACAGAUCUUGGCAUGAAAGAAGCUCAAGAAUAUGCCGGUAAAUUAAAGAAAGCCGAAAAAGCAAAAGAAAUUAAACAGCAACGAGCUAACAGUGCUAAUCGAAAUGGUGUUAGCAGUCGACAAUCUGGCAGUGCAGGCAGUGAGCGUGCAGGUAGUGGCAGAAAUACCAGUAGGAAUUCAAGUGCUAAGAUUCGCGACGAACCGGAUCCAAUUCAUCAAGAAGAAAGUAAAGAAAUUGAUACGACAUAUAAUGAUCCAUUGGGUGAUGCACCGGCUAGACCAAAAACCGCUGCCCGAAGGCGAAAUGAAGAUGAAUUUGGCGAUGAAGAGCUUGGAGAUGAUUUGCUACCUGAGUAG